AUGGUUGGGAAGCGACCACAAUCAUCCCCCGGUGACGGAGAAGACGACCGCAGGAAACGCAUCCGCGGUCUGCAAUCCAAAUUCAGUUCGGAUCAGACCGUGAGGAACACCAACGUUUCCAUCAACACGCAGUUCCAAAUCCACAAGCUGGGGAAAAGAAGAACGUAUGGGUGGAUAGACCCAAUGACUGGCGGAGUUAUCCCCCAAGUUAACAAGCCUGAGGCCUCUACCACCAAUACUCCACCUACUCCAUCCACAUCAUCAUCAUCAGCGCCAGCGGCAUCGGCAUCGGCAUCAAUGCCAGCACCGGCGCCCGCGCCGGAGGUGGCGGUGGCGGUGGGGGAAACCUCAUACCACCAGAUAAACCGCCAAUACGCCCGGCGGAACGGCCAACUCGCUAGCCCCACUCUUACGGACGCGGGUUUCGCGGAGUGGACUGGCGAGGGGUCCGUGGCUGGCGCCGGCGCGGCCCGUAGGGUCAGCGACGGAGGAAUGGCGCAAGCCGAAAAGGCGCCAGCCCAGGAUGAUGAUGAUGCGGACGCGGAGUUGGCGGCGAUGGAAAGCGCGCUCGACAAGGAGACGGGGGCGGGCGCUGACGGAAACGCGGGUACCCCGGAGGGCUUCUUCGCCGAGGAGAUGGCUGCUAUGGGACACGCGGCUGCCCGGGACGAGGAUUCUGAUGACAUCCUCGCGAUGAUGGAGGCUGAAUUGGACAAGGACGAUUCAGCCGACAAGCAGCAGGCGGAGUCCCACGGGGUGGGGGCGGGGGCAGCGGUGGCGGACGCCAAGAAGCCUGCGGCUACCAAGGCUAAGGCUAAGGGCCGCAAGUCCAGCACCAAGUCCAAAACCAACGCGAACGCGAACGGUGAGGACACCGGGCUCCUGACCCCGCCCAAAGCGGCCGGGACAAAGCCGAAGAAGCCGGCGAAGGACAAGACGAAGAAGAAGCCGAAUCCCAAGCCCGCGGUUCGGCAGCAGCAGGAGGCGCCCCAGGAAGACCCCGCGGUGGCGCAGGCCCACGAGCAGGCGGACCUGUUCGGCGCCAUGGGCUUCGUGUACCAGUUCGCCGACACGUGGCUUACCUCGGGGUCUUCCCAUUCCCAUUAG